AUGUCUAGAAAUCCAAAGACCAGUAAGAAGAGUGCAGGCAAAUACGGAGAGUACAAAGAUAAUCUCAAUCCAGAUAAUAAUUGUGCUCAACAAGUCCUCAGCGGGAAUGUAGAAGACGCGUACGAAGUUGAUAACGGCGAACUCGGAGACGAACUUCUCAUAGACAUACAAAUCAUUCUUCACGAAAAGGAGACUGGUCUCGUGACAGGUUGUGUUGGAAUAGGCGCAUCCUCCAAUCACAAUCUCCUUCUUGAACACUCUGUCGGUCACAUAAAACAUCAGAUCGGUUGGUUUGCUUUCCUGGGUUUUGGAACGGACUCUACCAAGAGUGAGGAACUUUGCAAGAGUCUGAUUGUUGCCGGUCAGUUGGAGAAGUUCGUCGACUCCUUGGAAUCUUGCGGGGUCCGGAUUGUACCAGAAGCUGUAGAGCUUCUUCUCGUUGGACCAGCUGUCUUCCGGGGAGUGUGCACCAUUGACGUAGAGACUCUCCAAUACAUUCUUGUCGGAUAUCGCUUGAACGAGAAACUCUUCUUUUUGAUGCUCGAAUGUGUCGUCUGUGAUCUCCACUUCAAUUUUCUCCGUUUCGUUUUUAGUGGUAAAGGAGGGACAGUGUAUUUUCUGGAACGAGGAUGGGAGUAA